AUGACGUCAAACCAACCUGGACAGUGCUGCGCUGUUGGAGUGCGCCACGAAUGCAAUCGCAAACGGUUGAACGGACAGUUGGUUGACCUGGCUGCUAGGGGCGAACCCACAGGAAAGUUCAUCAAGAUCAAUGGAACCAUCGACGCCUACCUCGCGACGCCCCCGGCCGACAAGGCGCACAAGGGCGUCGGCAUCGUCUACGUCCCCGACAUCUUGGGGAUCUGGGUCAACAGUCAAUUGAUGGCUGACCAGUUCGCCGCCAACGGCUACACUUGCAUCCUUCCCGACUUCUUCAACGGCGACAAGUUCCCGGACCCUCGGCCGGCCGACAUCAUGGCGUGGUUGAGCAAGGGCACCGACGGCAACAACCCGCACACGGCCGAGCAGCUCGACCCCAUCGCUGUGGCGGGCAUCAAGGCGCUCAAGGAGGAUUUUGGCUGUACCAAGAUUGGCGCUGUUGGAUACUGCCUGGGCGCCAAGUACGCGGUCCGAAACUUCAAGUACGGCGUCGACGUCGGCUUCAUCGCGCACCCGUCAUUCGUCACCGAGGAGGAGCUCGUGUCCAUCACCGGCCCCCUCUCCAUCGCCGCCGCGCAGACCGACCACAUCUUCCCGCUCGACAAGCGCAUCGAGUCGGAGAAGAUCCUGGGCAGGAGCAGCCGGCCGUGGCAGAUCAACGUCUUCUCGGGCGUGGAGCACGGGUUCGCGGUGCGCGGCGACAUUUCCAACGCCGUGGAGCGGUUUGCCAAGGAGCAGGCCUUCUUCCAGGCGAUUGCUUGGUUUGACCAGCAUCUGCUGUAA